AUAAGCAAAUUGUACCAAAUGAUUAAUUCAAAUGUAAGUACAUAGUAGUUAAGGCCACCUAAUAUAAAGUGGGGGCUCAUUUAUCACGUCUGAAUUACAGCGGAUCAUCAGUCUUGCAGAUUCCUGCAGUCCUGUCCAUUUUAGAGCAUAAUAUUAUCUUUCUGCCUGAGUUCUCCUCUGAUAGCAGCCAGGAGGGAGCAGAUAGUAUCUGGCCGUGUCCUGUUCAGGGCACGGGGGGCAGAAUCCCUCCUGGCACAAGAGUUUGCCAGGGAUGUGGCCAGUUGACAUGGAGGCUUCACUCAGAACCAUUCUAACUUAGCCAGGCAAAUAUUUUUCCAGGCUUGUGAGCAGAGGGGCAUUAACACUAUUCAGAGCCCGGCAUUUGAGACUGUAUGAUCUAAGAGAGAGUGAAGGGUGAUUAAAUAGCUUUUUGUUUGAAUGAGCCAGAGGGGAAGAGGGCAGCAAAAAACACUUUAGCUCAUAACUGGAGACGGAUCAACGGGUAGCUGGGUAGGUAGCUGACAUAAGGUUUACGGAUGGGCCAUAAAUACAGGCCCACAGCAGAACAUGCAGCAGAUUCGCUGUCAACUCCAGCCGCUUCGCUGAGAUACAAUGGAAAUUUCUAUCCAACAUCCCUGGUACCGUCGGCCCUGGUUCCCAGGCUACUUCCCUUAUCGAAUUUAUGACCAGUAUUUCGGAGAGCACGUACCUGACAGUGACCUUUUUUCACCUUUCUACAUGUUUUACUAUCGACCUUAUUUCUGGCGUUUUCCAAACUGGUGGGACAGUGGCAUGUCAGAGAUGAGAAUGGAUAGAGAUCGGUUUGUAAUCAACUUGGAUGUGAAGCACUUUUCUCCAGAUGAACUGAUGGUCAAGAUCAAUGAUGAUUUUAUUGAGAUUCAUGGGAAACAUGACGAACGGCAGGAUGAGCAUGGUGCUGUGGCAAGGGAGUUUUACAGGAAGUACAAGAUCCCCGCCGGUGUAGAUCCAGGUGCCAUCACCGCUUCUCUGUCCUCCGAUGGUGUGCUGACCAUCUGCACACCACGCCACAUGCUGGACAUCCCCGAGCGCAACAUCUCCAUCACCUGUGGAGAGAAGCCACCAGCACAGAAGUAAACAUGUUGACAGCUGCACCUCUGCCAAUCAUCUCCAAACAAAACCCACCACUGAGAGAAUCAUCUACUGUAUUAAGACCAUGUGCAUUAAUGUAACACAGUAGACCCAUAUAACCAGAAAUACACCUGUCCAUUGUGAACAAUACAAUAUCAUGCAAAACACGCAGCAAGUCAGUGCUUUAGGUCAGUGAACGCAGGUUGUCAUUGGAGUUGGAUUUGGUUUGUUAUAUUUAUAGCCUACAGUUGGACGUUGUAUGUAAUUAUGUGGUUGACUUGGAUUAUGAUUGUAACUUUGGCUUUGAGAGCAAGCAGUAUUGAAGUGGGAUGUUGUGCAGCACUGGCCUCUGUUUUUGAAGUUAAUAAAUCCCCAGGCUAAAAUACUGAUAAAUGCUGGAAUAAUGAACUCAUUUGUGAUUUUUCAGCAUAUUUUGUUCAUCUGAAUGUAAAGUAUGCUGCACUUGUUUAUUUGAGACUGGGGUCUAAACCAACAGACCAAGUUAAAUGUGUUUUGCUGAUG